AUGGAGAGGAGUGUAAAGUUAAGCUUGAUUUGUCACUUUGUUUUGCUUUUAUUUCUUGCUUCUGCAAAACAUUGUUCUGGUAAUCAUAAUGAUCUUAUGAACGGUGUGAGAUGCAUAGGAACUGAGAGAGAGGCACUCGUUUCUUUCAAGAACAGCUUGACUGAUCCUUCAGGAAGACUCUCUUCAUGGGUUGGUGAAGAAUGCUGCAAAUGGGAAGGAAUUGGGUGCGACAAUCUAAAUGGACAUGUCACAAACCUCAACCUCAGAAAUGCUUUCCACUUGGUUGAUGCUGAUGAUGAUCAUGAUCCAACCGCUUCCUACAAAAGGUCUUGCUUAGGUGGUAAGAUAAACUCUUCUUUGGCCACCCUGAAAUACUUGAGUUAUUUGGAUCUAAGCAUGAAUAAUUUCGAAGGAAUCCCAAUUCCCGGUUUGCUCGGUGACAUGUCGAAUUUGAGGUAUCUCAAUCUUUCUUUUGCAUCAUUUUCUGGAGUUGUACCAUCUAAUCUCGGAAAAUUGUCAAAACUGCAGUAUAUUGACCUCUAUGCAGAUUCCUAUCUUGGUAUAUCCAUUGGGGAAUUGAGAGCUGAGAGCUUGGAUUGGCUUUCAGGUCUCUCUUCACUCACACAUCUUAACUUGGGAUUUGUGAAACUCAAUGGGGUUGGAGAAAAUUGGCUUGAAAAGGUCAAUUUGCUUCCUUCAUUAGUGGAGUUGAAUUUACAUUGGUGUGAACUUCAGGGCUUACCACUUUCACUUCCCUUCAUUAACUUCACAUCACUUUCUGUCCUUGAUCUGUCAGAAAAUUCGUUCAAUUCUCUGAUCCCAAGCUGGUUGUUCAAUCUCACUAGUCUUAGGAUACUUCAUCUGACUUGGAACUUCUUCCAGGGUCAAAUUCCUAAUGACAUAACAAAUUUGAAACUCUUGGAAGUCCUUGAUUUGUCUGAUAAUUUGUCUCUUGAAGGUCAUAUUCCAGGACUUCUUGGAAACCUUACCAACCUGAAGCGUUUAGAUCUUUCUGCAAAUCAAUUCACUGGUGAUAUUCAUGAAUUCCUUAAUGGUUUUUCAACUUCAAGCUCAGAAAGUAGUGGAUUACUGUCGUUGGAUUUAAGUUCUAAUUCUCUUGUCGGUGAGUUGCCCGAGUCUUUGGGAAAGCUUAGAAAUUUGCAGCGCCUCAUCCUUUCUGGAAAUUUCUUUUCGGGUUCGCUUCCAGCAUCUAUCGGAAGCCUCUCAUUCUUAAAAGUUAUAGACCUUUCCUAUAACAAGAUGAAUGGGACAAUUUCCACAAGUUUCGGUCAGCUCCAUCGACUAGUCGAUGCCAACUUGUUAAUGAAUUCAUGGGAAUGA